AUGGUGGACGCCAUUUGUUUGCUGGCCACCGGGUUCGACUGGCCUCCCUUCGGGUUGGGUUCCCCGAACGCCAUGGACAAUUUUUCCGAGGCCCUUUUUUGCAGGCAUAUUCUUCCAAAAGGGUUUCGAAGAUCCAACGGUGGCUUAAGGUUGGGAAAGAGAAGAAAUUUGCGAAAGCGUGCGGGGUUUUGCAUCGGAUACUGGAAAGCAUUUUAUUUGUUUGUGUGGCUGAUCGUCCGAAAAGACCAGCUAAGCCAAAGUCUUGGGCAUUCCAUGAUUAAGAAAGUUGCAAAUGUUUUUCCUGGUAAACCAAGAAAGCUCGCUCGGUCACAAGUGACCUCCUUCCUUCCAUCGAAGGAGGGAACCGCUACUAUUUGA